CGCUGUGUCUCUUUCUGCCCCCUCUCUCCUGCCGUCACCCCCGUCGUCCUCGUCCCGUAGUUGUUUAUUUGUAAUUAGUUUGUUUACACGGUUACUUUGUUUUUUUAGCCAUGUAUCGGUAUUUCGGGGAGCUGUUGAGCCGCUCAGCGGGCAGUGUCCUGGCCUCGGGUUGCGUGGACUCCGCUCUCCCGGCGUCCUCCUCCCUGAUGCGGGUCCGUCGCUAUGCCGACGCAGCAGAGCAACCGGACGACCCCAACUUCUUCAAGAUGGUCGAGGGCUUCUUCGACCGCGGCGCAGCCAUCGUGGAGGACAAGCUGGUGGAGGACCUGAAGACCAGGGAGACCCCCGAACAGAAGCGGCACCGUGUGCGGGGCAUCCUGCGCAUCAUUAAGCCCUGCAAUCACGUCCUGAGCGUGUCUUUCCCGAUCAAGAGGGAUAACGGAGAGUGGGAGGUGGUGGAGGGGUACCGAGCCCAGCACAGCCAACACAGAACUCCAUGUAAAGGGGGUAUCCGUUACAGUACAGAAGUGUCUGUGGAUGAGGUGAAAGCCCUGGCUUCUCUAAUGACCUACAAGUGUGCCGUUGUUGAUGUGCCAUUUGGAGGAGCCAAAGCUGGAGUCAAGAUCAACACGAAGAAUUACUCUGAUAAUGAGCUGGAGAAGAUUACCAGGAGAUUCACUAUUGAGCUGGCUAAGAAGGGUUUCAUUGGGCCUGGCAUCGAUGUCCCAGCGCCUGACAUGAGCACCGGAGAAAGGGAAAUGUCCUGGAUCGCAGACACUUAUGCCAACACCAUUGCACACACUGACAUCAACGCGCAUGCGUGCGUGACAGGAAAACCCAUCAGCCAGGGAGGAAUCCACGGGCGUAUCUCUGCCACCGGUCGUGGAGUUUUCCACGGCAUCGAGAACUUCAUCAACGAAGCGUCUUAUAUGAGCAUGCUGGGCUUCACACCUGGCUUCCAGGACAAGACCUUCGUCAUCCAGGGCUUUGGUAAUGUGGGUCUUCACUCCAUGAGAUACCUGCACAGGUUUGGCGCCAAGUGUGUCGGUGUUGGUGAGAUCGAUGGAGCCAUCUACAACCCAGACGGGAUCGACCCCAAACAGCUGGAGGACUAUAAACUGCAACAUGGCACCAUUGUGGGCUUCCCAGGAGCCAAACCUUAUGAAGGGAGCAUUCUGGAGGCUGACUGCCACAUCCUGAUUCCUGCUGCCGGAGAAAAGCAGCUCACGCGCAAUAAUGCCCCCAGAAUCAAAGCUAAGAUUAUUGCUGAGGGCGCCAAUGGACCCACCACCCCAGGUGCUGACAAGAUCUUCCUGGAGAACAACGUCAUGGUGAUUCCUGACAUGUACCUGAAUGCUGGUGGUGUGACCGUUUCUUACUUUGAGUGGCUGAAGAAUCUCAAUCAUGUCAGCUAUGGAAGACUGACCUUCAAAUACGAGAGGGAUUCAAACUACCACCUUCUCAUGUCUGUGCAGGAGAGUUUGGAGAGGAAGUUUGGAAAGCAGGGCGGACCCAUCCCCAUCGUACCCACUGCUGACUUCCAGGCCAGAAUUGCUGGUGCCUCUGAGAAAGACAUUGUUCACUCUGGGUUGGCCUACACAAUGGAGAGAUCUGCUCGG